AUGAAAGAUCCAUACGCUCACGACUUUUUCGUUGCCAAUCGGUGGUUACUUAAAAUUGCUGGUUUAUGGAGACCAGAAAAUGAAAACAAUAUCAUACAAUUUUUGUAUACGGUAUACGUUACUAUUAUUUUUCUAUAUGUGAAUAUGUUUUUUAUGCUUACAGAAUUUGUAAGUAUAUUCUAUGUCUAUGGGAACCAGUUUGAUCUAAUCAAAAAUAUUAGUUGGGCUUUAACACAUUUCAUGGGAACAGUAAAGGUGGUAUUUGUUAACUUCCAAGGCCACCAACUCAGAAAAAUCAUGGAUAAUUUAGAAAAUUCUAAACUUCAUUACGAACAUUGUCCUUCAAAAGACUUUUUCCCGGGAAAAAUAUCAAAACGUUACAAAAGAAUUGGCAUAACGCACACAGUUGUUUUCUUGUGGAUGGCUUAUCUAAUAAUAAUAUUAUCUUAUUUACCACCAGUUAUUGCUGCAUUAAUAUCAGUAGCGAAUAAUACGGAAAUAAUGUUACAACAAAAAUUACCAUACGACUUUUGGACGCCAUUCAAACCUGAUACAACUACUAGCUAUUUUCUAGCUGUUGGAUUUCAAAUAAUUCCGAUGUUUUCAUAUACUCACAGCGUCGUUGGAAUGGAUACUUUAUUUACGAAUAUCAUGAAUUGUAUCGCAAUGAAUUUGGAAAUUAUUCAAGGUGCCUUUAUAUCAAUUUCACCUAGAGCUGCUGCUAAAACAGAAGGGCCACUAUUAACACCAGACAAAUUACACAAUAGCGAUGCCUUAACUAUAAAAUUGAGGACAGAAAUGAAGAAAGUUACCAAACAUCUGCAAGUAGUAUACAAAGCAUGCGACGAUUUAGAAGAUGUACAUAAAUAUUUAACUCUGGCUCAAACUACAGCUACGUUAUUCAUCCUUUGUUCUUGCUUGUAUGUGGUUUCAACAACUCCACUUGAAAAUAAGCAAUUCUGGGCCGAAUCACUUUAUAUGGUAGCAGCAGGCUUUGAAUUAGUUUUAUAUUGUUGGUUUGGAAAUGAAAUAACUAUUAAGGCUGAUAAUAUGCCAAUUUAUAUUUGGCAAUGUGAUUGGUUAACAGCAGAUAAGGAUUUCAAGAUGUCAUUGAUUCUCAAUAUGGCAAGAACAAAAAGACAACUGUACCUAACAGCAGGAAAAUUUGUACCACUUACUUUACCUACUUUUGUAUCUAUCAUGAAAGUGUCUUACUCAUUCUUCACUUUUAUUAAAAACACAGAAUAAACUAAAUUUGUAUAUUUUAGUUCAAUUAAUUAUUAACUUUUGUUGGGCACUUCAAUUUUCAAUAUAUUACAAG